CAAAAUCAAGAAUUUUACUCAGAAUGGGGUGAAACCCCACGAUUCUUUGGUACUCUGAAAAGAUGGAUCCGUAACAUUUUUAAUCGAGGGAAUAAUAGGGCUAAAUUAAAUAAAUUAACAUCAAGUGUUAAUGUGGACAUUACAAAUAGGCUUGAGAAGAAAAAAGGUAAUGUUUAUAGGGAAAGUGAAACAAUGGAAGAUAGUGGAGUUGGGGCUUCUAGUGUGUGUGAAACUGAAAUAUCUUUUCCUGAUAUACAUUCUCAUGUUUUAAAUUGGGACGAAUAUAUAUUGUAA